AUGUCGCAACAACAGCCUCUUGGGAGUCCUAUACCAUUCCCGGCCUCCAGCGAUCUUAAUGGAACCUGGGCAUUUAUUCAGCCAAGUCUCGGAUUAAUCCUAGGAUCUCUGGGAGACCAGGGGGUCACUUCGAAAGUGUAUAUGAACUGUUACACCGCCGUUUACAACUACUGUACAAACAAGUCCCGUAACGGAGGAAGCAUUUCGGACACGGGUCCCACCAAUCCUGCCACAACUAACUCAUACUCGCUUGCCGGUUCUGAGAUUUACAGCAAAUUGGAAAAGUAUUUAGUGAAGCUUAUUACCAGUUUGCGCAAGGAGCCCAACGAAUCAUUCUUGGAGUUCUAUGUCCGCAGACUCAAUCGGUUCACCAUUGGGGCCGGGUACAUGAAUAAUGUGUUUGACUAUAUGAAUAGGUAUUGGGUACAGAAGGAGAGAAGUGACGGAAGAAGAGAUAUUUAUGACGUGAGCACCCUUUGUGUAUUACAGUGGAAGGCCCAGAUGUUUGUCAACAAUGCCGAUAGGUUAAUUGAGGAGAUUAUGGAUCAGAUUGAACGUCAAAGAAACAAUGAAAUCAUCGAUACCAACUUGAUUUCAUCAGCAGUAAAGUCUUUAGUGUACUUGGGAGUUGAUACUCAGGACUUGAAAAAAGCCAACUUGGUGGUUUAUAUCAACUAUUUUGAAAAGAAGUUCCUUGAAGAAACUGCAAAAUACUACCGACUUGAAAGCAAUGAGUUCUUGGCCGAACAUAAUGUGGUUGACUACAUGAAGAAGUGUGAAACCCGAUUGAACGAAGAAAUCUCUCGGUCCAAUAACUACUUAGAGGACCAUACCAAAAAGGCCUUGGUGGACACCUUGAACACGGUGUUGAUCAAAGACCAUGCCAACGAGAUGUACGAUCAGUUCAUCAGUUUGUUGGAAAAUAACCAACUUGAACACAUCCAAAGAAUGUACAAGUUGAUGUCAAGAGUUCCAUCCACUUUGGAGCCUUUGGCUGAAUCUUUGGAGCGGUACAUCAAAAAUGAUGCCAUCAAAGUCAUUGAGGAGAUCAAGAAAGGAGGCGAGUCUACUAAUAACGAUAAUGAAGAAGUUGCAGCCGUUACGAAGGCAAAGAAGUCCAAUGGCCCCAUCAACCCCAAAACUUACGUCCACAGCUUAAUACUGGUUUACUUGAAGUUCAAUGACGUUGUUAAUGAUGCGUUUGAAAAGGACCCCAUCUUUAUCAGAGCUUUGGACAAUGCUUGUAGACAUUUUGUCAACAAAAAUUCCAUUGCGUUGGUGAACCCCAAGUCCAGCUCCAAGACCCCAGAAAUCUUGGCCAGGUAUGCCGAUGCAUUCUUAAGAUCAAGUUCAAAAGAAGCUGACACUUACGACAUGAAUACCGAUAACUUGAUGAUAGUAUUCAAGUUUGUUGAAGAUAAAGAUGCAUUUGAAGAAAACUAUAGGCGUAUGUUGGCAAAGAGAUUAAUCAACAAUACCAGUAAGAGUGAAGAAUUGGAAGAAAGUGUCAUCAAGAGACUACAGGAAGAGAACUCUUUAGAGUACACCAGCAAAAUGAACAAGAUGUUCGUUGACAUGAAGUCUUCAGAAGAUUUGAAGAUGAAAAUGAGAGACCAUUUGGUGGAGAUCGAUUCAUCUUUAAAGGAUUUCACCCCUUUAAUCUUGGCUUCCUCCAUGUGGCCGUUUUCCAAGCAGCCUGAUUAUGUGGUGAAGUUUCCUCAGGAUUUACAAGAUAUCAUAGAUAACUUCACCGAGUUAUACACAAAAGCACAUACAGGUAGACAAUUAGACUGGUUGUGGAAUCACGGAAGAAGCGAAAUCAAGGCCAAUUUAUCUAGAAAGGGUAAGCCUGCCUUCACCUUCAUUGUCACCAACGUCCAGUUAUUGAUUUUAUUGGCCUUUAACGACAGGAAGACAUACAGUUUUAGUGAGUUGCAAGAAGUAGUCGGGUGUCCUCCACACCUACUUGAUAACCAAAUCACACCUUUGGUGAAGUAUAAAUUGUUUGAACAAUCACCUUCAGGACCUCAGAAUCAGAACAAGCCAAAUACCACUUUCACCAUUGUUGAUGAAUACAAGUCUAGAAAGUUGAAGGUAAACUUUGUAAGUUCGUUGAAGAGUGAACAGAGGCAAGAAGAUGAUGAAAUAUCCAAGGAAAUAAGCGAAAGUCGUCAACUUUACUUAAGAGCAUGUAUUGUCCGUAUCAUGAAGGCCAGAAAGACCAUCAGCCAUCCUGAGUUGUAUAAUGAAGUGGUGACCCAGUCGUUGUCCAGAUUCCAUGCCAAAAACACAGACGUCAAGAAGACGAUUACCUUGUUGAUCGAACAGAACUACAUGAAGCGUAUCGACAACAGUAUCUAUGAAUAUGUAGCUUAAUUCACCUAAUAGUAUAAUAUUUGUACUUCA